GAACUUCUUUGGAUAUUUCAAAUUACUCAACCAACAACAACGUUAACAGAAGUGUUGACCACUUGCAGCUUUGUUUUCAUUGGUGCCUAGCUAGUUUAAACAACUUUUGGCUUUACUUUAGUCUGCAGCCAUGGUUUUCCAAACUUUCCUGUCAUGAUGGCAGGCAUAUAUGUUGGUGAAGGAAAGGUGAUCCACUACACUACGGCACAGCGAAGUAGCAUUGGAUCUUACUCAGGUCUUUUUAGUUUUAUACGUAGCUCAACUUCUUACUCUACUGUAGGCUCUCCGUGCCGAGAAUGUGGUGAUCAAUCAGGACUUGGCGGAGUCAUUUGUUCCUGCAUUGACUGCUUCUUAGCUGGUGGUGACCUCUACCUUUUUGAGUAUGACGAUAUAAGGGCUAUAAUUCUUCCAAAAAUUCGAAGGACCUGCAGCUUUCUUUCCUCUGAUUCACCAGAGAUUGUUCUUCGUCGGGCUUAUUACCUUCUCGAGAAUGGUUUUGGUGACUACGAUCUAUUGGGGAACAACUGUGAGGACUUUGCAAUCUACUGCAAAACUGGCCGUAGAAUAUAUUAGAUCACUUAGACUUUCCUGUUGGUCGAAUUCCGAUCCCUCACAUUAGUGAGGGUCGGAGCUUGGGUAUAAUCAACAGGUGUUAUUAUU